AUGAGCUCUCAGGAUGAGCAGUUCCAAGCAGCAGCCCCUGACCCAGAGGCUUCCUCCACUGAUGAUGGCAUGACCUGGUGGUACAGGUGGCUCUGCAGGAUUGCCGGAAGUAUCCCCUUCCCUUCCUGUGCCUUUGCUGGUCUCUGGAACUGUGUCACCAUCAACCCCCUGAACAUCGCAGCCGGCGUGUGGAUGAUGCUCAAUGCCUUUGUGCUGUUCCUGUGUGAAGCUCCUUUCUGCUGCCAGUUCAUCGAGUUCGCCAACAUCGUCUCCGCCAAGGCAGACAAGCUGCGAGCCUGGCAGAAAGCUGCUUUCUACUGCGGGAUGGCUGUGUUCCCUGUCAUCCUCAGCCUGACGCUGACCACGCUCUUUGGAAACGCCAUCGCCUUCGCCACCGGAGUGCUCUAUGGGCUGUCAGCACUUGGCAAGAAGGGAGAUGCCAUUUCCUACGCUCGGAUCCACCAGCAGCAGAAGCAAAUGGAUGAAGAGAAGCUCACGGGGACCCUGGAGGGACAGGCUCUCUGA